AAGCCUUAAGAUCUGGCCGACAAGCUGUCUAAUCACUGCUGCUGUAUUUUAAAACUAGCUCACUUUCCUGGACAGGAGAUAAGAGUAUUUUUUAUUUAAUAACUAGUAGCUAAAAGAACUUUUUUUUUUUGUUAUUUGCUUUGAAAAAAAGAGAGAGAGAUAAUCAGCAUGAAUAAAAGAAGAUAUGACCUCACAGUCCAAGCUAAAAGCCCGGUGUUGAUCUACAAGAAGAGGCAUGUGUUCCUGACAGGUAUAGAUCUUGCUGAAGAGUUGCAGUGAUAUUCUCAUCACCUCAAGUGAAUGGUUGUGCAAAAAGACAGAGGACUGUUCUGUUGCACAGAGGAAUAUCCAAGCAACAGUUAUAUUAAUGUGAAGUAAACAAAUAUGAUCAUUUGGGCUGCAGAGUGCGAAAAGCUAAAGGAAUAUCUCUUUUGUCCUUUGGAUUAUAACGGCUUUAAUGACAAGUUGGAUUUUAAAGAUACAGUUUGAUCAGUUUAUGGUCUUUUCAGACAUUUCUGCUUGCCCUCUAAAAAUAUUAAACUACACAUUUGGAUUACUAAUGAAAAAAUGCUGGUUUUGAAUGAUUGGACUAUUAGUGAAUAAGAGGGUAAUGUAUCAGUUAAUCGACUUUUUCCAAACUGUAAAAAUGCCUUUAGCAUUUUGCAUUUUAAUGUGUACUGUAGAAGAGUGAGCUGUCAUUGACGGGACAGAGAGAUUGGAGCCUGGCUUUUAAGUUGUCUCCUUCAAACGCUAUCUCUGGCAACAAAUCCAGUACAGUCCAGACUAUUUGCUUGAAACACCACUGUGGGAUCUACAGAUUCAUGUCCAGUCUGUUCCUUUCCCAAGCUUAUUGAGCAUGGGUUAGCAGUCAGGGCCAUGGUUGUAACCCAACUGGAAUUGGAGUUCUGCUAUCAGGGGAAGAAGCUACGUGGUUUUACCUGUAAGCUAACCAAAUCUGCCCAUGGCUUCCUGCCAGAAAGCACUUGGAGUAUUGCUGCCCAGAUUCUCUUGCCGUACCUGGUUUCUGGUCUCGGGAUGGUGGCUGCCGGCUUACUAAUGGAUGUUGUUCAACACUGGGAUGUAUUCAAAACAAUCACAGAGGUCUUUAUUUUGGUGCCUGCUUUAGUAGGACUGAAGGGUAAUCUUGAAAUGACACUGGCUUCACGGCUAUCAACUGCGGCUAAUACUGGACAGAUGGACGAUGCCAAAGAGCAAUGGAGAAUGGUUUCCUGUAAUCUUGCACUUAUUCAGAUACAAGCCACAGUAGUGGGGUUUCUGGCAGCAGUAGCUGCUAUAAUUCUGGGAUCUAUAUCAAAAGGACACAUUGACCUGGACCAAGCUGCUGUACUUUGUGCUAGUAGUAUCAGCACCGCCUUCAUAGCUGCACUUUCACUAGGUCUGGUUAUGAUUGGGGUCAUUAUUGGAUCAAGAAAAGUAGGAAUAAAUCCUGACAAUGUUGCAACUCCCAUUGCAGCCAGUCUUGGAGAUCUUAUAACUCUUUCACUCCUGGCAGCAAUUAGCAAUACACUUUUCAGCUAUAAAGGUAUCUCCUACCUUUCUCCCAUGGUAUGUGCAGUGUUCAUCGCUAUGAUACCACUUUGGGUUGUGAUUGCAAAAAGAAGUCCUCAGAUAAGGGAGGUGCUGAAAUCUGGAUGGCAGCCUGUGAUUGUUGCCAUGUCUAUAAGCAGUAUUGGAGGCCUCAUCUUGGAUAAAACUGUAUCUGAUCCUGAUUUUGAAGGGAUAGCUGUGUUCACACCAGUAAUCAAUGGUGUAGGUGGGAACCUUGUUGCCAUCCAGGCCAGUCGCAUUUCAACUUAUCUCCAUUUUUGGAGUGUUCCUGGUGUGCUACCUUCCAAGAUGAGGCAACACUGGCCUAACCCCUGUACUACCUUUUUCUUUUCAGGGGUGAAUUCCAAAUCAGCAAGAGUCCUAUUCUUGCUAGUUGUCCCUGGGCAUCUUUUGUUUCUGUAUACUACUAGUCUUCUUCAGGGUGGACACAUGACUAUAACUGUCACCUUUGUUCUCUUCUAUCUGACAGCUGCACUUUUUCAGGUUGGGAUCCUCUUAUAUGUGGCAGACCUGAUUGUGAGGUUAAUGUGGCGGAAGGGACUGGACCCCGAUAACUUUUCAAUCCCGUACCUCACUGCACUGGGAGACCUGCUGGGUACAGGCUUCUUGGCGGUUUGCUUUCACCUGGUUGUAAUGGUUACAGGAGUAGACGUGGAGACUGGAAACUAAGACACUGACCUUUAAAAAGUGCCUCUCCAUUAAAUUGAUAUCUAAAGACAAA